GUGAUGAUGUAUAUACAUAAAGUACGUUGGUGUUGUAAUGUGUGUGUGUGUGUGUUUCAGUGUAUCAUGAAAUUCGUUUUGCGAAGUGAAAUGGUUGUAUUUAUUUUCACGUUGAUUAACUUUUGUUCGUUGCUUACACUUGCUAGGGCCGAUGAAAUGGAUAAAUUUGACAGUAGUCGAUGUACCCUUCUGCUACAGGAUUUUGCGAGACUUACGUCAAAUUUUACGUUUUGUGCUAUAAAUUAUUCCCGGCCUAUAACAUUGUGCGAGACAUGCAUUAAAGAGUAUUUGCAAGUAAUAGAUGCCCACACUAAGAUACUGGAGAUGAAAGAUGAACGUGGUGAAAAAUGCAAAACGAAGCUGAUCAAUCAAGACCGCUUGGAAGUUAUAUAUAGUGCAUACCACUAUGUUUCCAACCUCUGGUCAGAUGCAAGUUGUGAUAGUUGUUUUGUGAAAAUGAGCAAUGGCAGCCUUACCCAAGAACUGUCAAACACCACAGUUGAAUUUCAGCAUCUCCACGAUAAAACACACAAAUGUUUUCUAGAUCAUUAUUAUGUGGCAAAUAAAACAUUUGACAAAAAUAUAUGUUCAGACUGUGAAAAGUCGUAUUGUGAGAUGAAUGAUUACUAUGAUCGUCUCAAGAAAGAACAGGAAAUGGGAGUCUGUGUGGAUAUUGUUGAUACAAUGAACAGAACACGUUCCUUCUGGAGUGGAAAACUGGGUUGUGAUAGAAAGAAUCAUUCAGUUGAUGUGUAUCUGGUGUGUCUGUUUACACUUAUGGCAAUAGUACCUGUAAUAUUUUACACAUCUUUGCGGUCUCUGGUUAGGAAGACAGAACACAAACUACUUGUUCAGAAGCGGUUGGCAGAGCAUCUAAGCAGGCCAUCAACAAGUACAGCUGCUACCUGAUGAUACAAUGACAUUAUCUAAUGUUAAUGUACCAAAGAUUGUUGUUACUUUUAUAAUAGCUAUUAUGUUCAUAUUUGAAACUGUGAUUUCAUUCUUUGUAAGUCAUCUUCUAAGGUUACAUGGCCAAAAAAAUUGUGAUAUGUUUCAGUUUUACAGUAUUUAUUUAGGUGUGAUAUUUUUCAUAUUAUAAUAGAACAGGAGUCUCGUAGCAAAAUACUAGAUUCAUAUAUGUAUGUUUAUUUAUUUUUAGGUUAAGUGGCCAUGUUAAAAAAUUGCUGCAAACAUGACUAAAUGUGCAAACUACUGUUAUUUGUUAAGUUUCAUGUCCUGUACUCAUUUCCUGUCUUGAUGGGAGACAAGAAAAUGUGCAUGUGAAUGAGAACUAAAACAUUGAGUGACAAAUGAAAAGUGGCAAAAGACUGGCUGGAAUGUACAGGGAACAGUUAAGAAAGAAAUGAAAAGUUGUGGCACCACUGAUUGCUUAAUUUGCUGUGUUUGAAGCAACAAAAGGAAAAAGUUUCAGUGAAAUUGAGGUAAUUAAAGACAGAGCAUUAGCUCAGAUGGUAAAGUAAGAGGACAGAAGUAUCGAAUGAGAGUUCAGUGCCUUAACCAUUGUGCAACAUAGUUCAGCCCCAGUUGCCAGCAGAGGUGAAUAUUCAAAGAAAAUUUGAGUAUAUCUGGGGUCUGAAUCACAAUGCAAACUAAUUAAUUGCACAAUUAUUACUGAAUUUUGAAGUUAACCAGCCAGUAGAAGACAAUUGUAAUGUACUUACAUACAACUGAAUAUUAAAUUUUAUAUUGUUUGUAUGCUAGAGUUGUAUAUUUGGGCCACUUAAUGAUGGUACAAAUCUGCUGGUAUUUGAAGUAAUUAGAUGGCAGGGAGGAACCUUGCAUCAAAUAACACAGGAAUAAAAAUUAAAUUAUUGCCGUAAGUGACAGUGUUUGGGGACAUCUACGACAAAUGGGUCACACAAUAAUCAGUGUCAUAAGUGCAGUAGAAUGAAUGUACCUAAAAUGCUUCUUACAGCCCUCCCCUUACCUGUUCUUCAUAUCCCAUUCAUGAAACUUGUGUGGUGAAUUAGACUACUUGUAAGUGCACUAAUGUCUUUACGUUUGCAAAUUUAGUAAUAUUUUUACAUUUCUCUUUGUUACUUGUUACCAAUCAUGUUAUGUAUGUUGGGUAUUUUUAUAGUUAUUCCAUGUGAACAAAGUAAACUCAUUGUAACAGUGGAAAAUCCAGGAUGGAAUAAUGAUAUUAUUAUGAAAAGGAUAGAUUUCUACUUACAAUAAAGCGGAGAUGCUGAUUUGCGGAUAGGCACAACUGAAAGAGUGUCAAAAAAAUAAGAGUUGCCCGAAAGCUUCCUUUUUUUGGCAGUCUAUUUGUUGUCCCUAUCUGUGACU